AUGAAGUUCUCUACGUUCGUGAUACUCUGCACCACGGCCUUAUCUGCAGUAAGCGCCACAGACAGAGCCCAAAAACGUGAACCCAAAAACAUUGCCGACUUGGAUGCUCUCUUCAAUGCGUACGACCAGGACCAUCCUCAAAACGAAAAGAGGAAAAACGUUGCCAACCUUGAAAACUUGAACCACCUCCUCCAGGAAGACCAGGAAAACGUCGAAAACGAUAAGAGAGACGCCAGAAGGGUUGUUGAUCCAGAAGCUCUUUUCCACGACAAGAGAGACGCCAGAAGAGUGGUUGACCCUAAGUCGUUCUUCCACGAGAAGAUCAAGCGUUCACAGCAUGUUAUUACUGCCAUGCAAGGCCCCUUGGUGGAAAACGUGCUUACGCAGGUCCGUGACGUUUCUGUUUUUGCUGGGUACUUGAGAGACUCGGAAUCGCUUUUGGGCGAGUUGCACAGUGCUCCGUUUGCUGUUAUCGUGGCUCCUACUGACCAUGCUUUGGCCAGUAAGUUGGACGGUCACAAGCCAUGGGAGUUCCCUAGGGAGGUUGAGGAUGAAAACGAUGCUAGUGCCAAUAUUCAAGAUUUCGUAAAGUCCCAUUUGGUUAAGUUUGAAGGUGACUUUUCAAGCAUUCAGGAUGAGGUUGUGCUUCUUCUGCUUGAUAACAAGAGGGUUGUGAUUCGCCACGAUGCUGCCACCGACUCAUUCAGAGUCGAGCUGGGUGGUCGCUGGAUCGACGUGUUGGCUGUGUAUUAUGCUGAUGAUGGAGCCGUUUUAGUGAUUGAUGAUAGCUUCGUGAAGCCACAAUAA